UCAAGUCGAAAACAACCACUCCAGUCUCCACAGCAGGCAAAAUGGAAUCCGAAACGGCUUUCGACGUGCUCGUCGUCGGCGCCGGGCUGAGCGGCAUCAACACGGCCUAUCGGCUGCAGACGCAGCUGCCGGGCCGGUCGUUUGCCGUGUUCGAGUCGCGCGACGCCAUAGGCGGCACCUGGGACUUUUGGCGCUACCCGGGCUUCCGCACCGACAGCUCCAUCGCCGUCUUCCGCUUCGCCUGGCACCCGUGGCCGCACCGCACUAACAUGCCCGAGGGCCACGUCAUCAAGGAGUACAUGGAGGACGCGGCGGCCGCGCAGGGCAUCGACAAGAAGAUCCUCUUCCGCCACCGCGUCACCGCCCAGACCUGGAGCAGCGACGAGCAGCAGUGGACCGUCAACGUCGAGGUCGCGCGCGACGACGGCAGCGUCGAGCAGAAGGUCUUCACCGCGUCGUGGCUGAUCGGCGCCAGCGGCUACUACCGCUACGGGCCGCCCGUGCCCCCCGACAUCCGUGGCCUCGGUAGCUUCGGCGGCGAGGUCGUGCACCCGCAGUCGUGGGACGGCAGCGUCAGCUACGCCGGGAAGCGCGUCGUCAUCGUCGGGUCCGGCGCCACCGCCGUGACGCUGCUGCCCUCGAUCGCCAAGACGGCCGCGAGCGUGACCAUGCUGCAGCGCAGCCCGUCAUACGUAGCGUCGGCGCCCGCCUUUGACGACGGCAUCCCCAUCGUGCGCAGCCUGCUCCCGGCGCGCUGGGCCGGGGCGUUGAACUGGUGGUGGCACAUCCUUCUCGAGACGAUCCUGGUCGGGAUCCUGCUGCGCUUCCCCAACUACGGCAGGCGGGAGCUGAUUGACGGCGUGCGCAAGCGCCUCCCCGCCGGCUUUGACGUGGAGAAGCACUUCAACCCGCGCUACGCGCCCUUCACGCAGCGGCUGUGCUUCUGCCCCAGCAGCGACUUCUUCAAGGCGCUGCGCAAGCCGCACGUCGACGUCGUGACCGACACCAUCGAGACGGUGAUCGAGACGGGGAUCAGACUCGCGUCGGGUCAGGUGCUCGAGACCGACAUGAUCAUCACGGCCACGGGCCUGACCCUGGAGCUGCUGUCGGGCGUGGCGGCGUUCGUGGACGGGGUGCGCGUCGACUCGACCCUAGGCCAGCGGUACGUCUGGAACGGGGCCAUGAUUGAGGGAGUGCCCAACUACGGCUUCAUUCACGGCUACACGGCCGCCACCUGGACGCCGGGCGCCGACGUGAGGGCGCUGCAGAUGGUCAAGGUCAUGAAGCGGGCGCAGCGCAACGGCGCCAGGUCCGCCACGCCGUACCUGGCGCCGCAGGAGCGGGAGCGCCUCCCCAAGAAGCCGCUGCUGACGCUCAGCUCGACGUACGUGGUGGCGGCGCUCGACAAGCUGCCGAUAAAUGCGGAUGUCGGGCCGUGGCGGAUCGGGUCGACGUGGCUUUCGGACCGGUGGCACCUGAUGUUUGGCAGCAUGGCCGGGCUGCGCUAUGCUGGGGGCAAGCAGAGAGACGGGAGCAAGCAGAGAGACGAGUGAGUUGGACUUGGGUUGACGGCGAAUACAUGUAUACGGCUCGCUCAAUGUACGGCAACCUCACUCGGGGUGCGUAAGAGUAAGACAAACCUUGGCGGGAGCGAGCUACGGGGUUUCAGCGUUUUAGAUCCGAGGUAGCAGUGGAGAGAAGAUCAUAUACGCGGGUAAAUACAAUAAAAGGUAAUAUUACUGAG